AUCCACCACAUUUCUUGAUGGAUGGUCCUGACCACAUACAGUCAUGACCCAGCAAGACCUAGAUCUGCCUGACCUAAACUGGUCGAUAUUGCGGGACGCUACCACCUGUCUCACUUGUUAUUUUGCGACGGCGCUCAACAAUUGGUCAAUCAGACAUCCGUAUAUCACAGCUAUAACUCUGAUAUACAUCUCUGACAAUCCUGAACUCCUCCUAACACCAUUGCGGAUUGCGCGUUAUAUGUGCUUCCUCCCAUUUCGGUUAAUCCUUUGGCCGUUCAAGCUCUUGACCAGAUUCAUCCUGUACAUCGUCGGUUUUAGAAGACAGGGUGUAGCAAAAGGUUCAUACGCAUCCCGAAUCCAAUCCCGUCGUUAUGGUGGCUAUGUACCACCGCAAUCUACCUUUUCAAAAUUCCAGGCGCAUGGGGCUACUGAUGAUUACGAGGACGAAGAUGAACCGGAAUCAACGUUUGCGACUCCCGUGUCUUUCAUGGCGGGUAUUGGUGUUUGGUUUGUCUUGGGCAGGGCACGGGGAUGGUGGUAUUGAUGCGAUGAGCAGUAGUGUGGAUGUUCGAUGGUGCGAGUUGAGUCAGUACCAGCGGCCCAACAUGGAAAAGGAGCCAAGGUUGCGGAGGAAAAGGUGGACGUAAUUACUCGCAUGACGGUGAGCUUAUGAUGGACCGAAGGUAUUCAUGUCUCGUGUCCUGACUAUCAUGUUUUUUUUUUCGUGCGAUCGGAAUUAUUUCCUGCACAGAUGGAGCGCAGUUGCGAGGUAGG